AGAAACCCGUGGCCACGGUCUUCGCCCGCACACCCAGCCCAGCCCAGCUCCUGCUGAUUUGCCGUGUCACUGGCUUCUACCCACGGCCCAUCAGCGUGGCCUGGCUGCGGGAUGGCCAGGAGGUGCCUCAUGGCCCGGCGCUCAACACCAGCCCCAUCCUGCCCAACGCUGACCUCACCUACCAGCUCCGCAGCAUCCUGGCCGUGGCCCCCCAAGAUGGGCACAGCUACGCCUGCCGCGUGCGCCACCGCAGCCUGGGAAAUCGCAGCCUCCUCAUCCCAUGGG